AUGCUCAUUCAAGGCACAGAAAAUGCAAAUGAAAUAGCUGACGGCGCGCGUCCUCCUGCGCAGAUCCGCCUGCAAGAGUACAAGCAGCCGGCGUCGCGGCCGGCGGCCGCGGGGGCGGCGGCCGCGGCGUCUGUCUCUGUGUGUGCGCGGCGAGGGCGGCGGGCGGGAGCGCGCCGGCGAGGGCGCGGGCAGCGGGCGCGGGGCGCGGGCGGCGCGGGGGCCCCACCGCCCGCCGGGGCCGCCGCCGACCGCCCUCCGCUGCGCCCGCUGCCGCCCAUCCGGGAGUUCCAGCGCGAGUUCCAGAGGGAGUGCGCGCAGAAGAUCGUGACGCAGCUGGAGGCGUCGCCCCCGCGGGCGCGCUCGCCCCCCGCGCACCCCAACCUCCACCCCACCGCCGCCCGCCGCCGCCGCCACCACCCCCGGCGACAAGGGUCCCUCCGCACCCGCCGCCCGCCCACCAGCCGCCUCCAAGAAGGCCAGAACAAGAAGCGAGCCGUACAAAAAAGGCCGACAGAAGCGCCGAGAAGGCUGGAGAAGAAAGGCCGAAGAGAAGGAGAGAAGAAGGACGCCAGGCCACAAGAGGAGAGCAAAGCGGACCAAGAAGGAGAGCAAGAAGGAGAAAAGGCGGAGAAGAAGGAGAGGCAAGAAAGGAAGCCAAGCGGAGAAAAAGAAGGAGAAGAAGGAGGCGAAGGCGGCCGGAGAAGGCCGCCGGAAGGAGUGAGGCAGCGGUCGGGGCCGCGGAGAGAUGGGUCGGGGCAAGGGGGGUCGCGAUUGGCACUUCCGCCCGGAGAGCCAAUUGCGCUCCUCCCGGGCGACGGUUGCAGAGCAAAGGGUGUGCCUGGCCGAUGUGCAUUGAAGUGGGAACUC